AAUCCACUCAUUACAGACGAGCCAGCCGCAACCCGCUCGCCGCAACCCGCUCGCCGCAACCGAACGAUAAGAAUUCGAGGACGAGCAUUGCGAUAGUCGCGACAAGACGCAGACAGCUCAAGUCAGGGAAUUAAAUACGAAAGGGAGAAGUCUACCGUACUUGACGCGACGUGACGAACUCUGCGAUUCUAUCGGAAAUCGAGGGAAAUCCAUCGUGGAUACAAACGAUAAUCCAACCCACUAACGAACCGUUACAUCAUAUCCACAAUAAUCCGAUCCCUCCUCUGUCGCAUCAUGAGUUCUUCAACAACCGCCUCGAGCCUCCUGGCACCCGUCGCCCGCGCCGUGCACUACCUCGCUGCGCGCGAUGACUGCGCGGAUGGCGACAACAGCUCUCGCUGCGAAAAGCCCUUCCAGUCCUCCAAAAUUAUCGGCAUCACCAUCGGCGUUACUGCUGCUGUGCUCAUCUGCGGUACCCUUGGUGUCUUGACUGUGUUGCACAUGAGAAGACAAAAGCAAGAGCGCAAGGAGGACGACAUCGACCUCGAGAUCGACGGCGAUGUCUACGAUCACUCGACCAUGGGCAAGCCCCCGCGUGCCUGGCAGCCGCAUGGCCAAAAUAACCAACCCGGAAACGACAACCCCUUCGAAGCCGAGCGCCAGCCUCACCAGCGAGCCGAGAACCCUUUCGAGCCAGAGCGCCGGUAGUCAUCCCAGGUCGUCCCGUGAUAGGGACCCCUUCGGAUUCAAAUACCGCACUUUAGCUGCACUUUUACAUGAAUGAAAGAAUUCGUCAACAAUUAUUAUGGG